GUGGACUGACCUGAUGGAGUAAAGGAUGAUGGGAGGGAUGACUGGGAAAUAAUCCCACAGUUAAUCCCAAGGGACUGCCGUUUAUAGAGAGUCUUCAGUGGAGCUACUUUUAAGAGAAAGGCCAUGUGUUACUGACGGAGUGGUCUGACCGAAAUGACAAAUGUUAGGAGAUAAAAUUGAUGGUAUUGAUGAGCUGAGUGAUGCAUAUUGGUAAAUACAUGGAGAACAGCAAUGGAAAUGAAGGUGAAAGGCCGUGAGGAGCAGACCAUUUCUUUGAUGUGAUGAAUGAUUGUCACUACACUGGACAGACUGCUGAACUCCUGAAGUCCUUCCGUCUUUUGACCACACGAGGAAAUUGUCCAUGGAGUUGAAAUAUUUAUUGCAGUAAUUUCUGGCCUUACAUAACUGAGGUUGAAUGCAUUUGGGAACUUGGUGCAUAAAUUUGCAUGACUCCUCACUCCUUUCUAGACCUGUCGUUGGACUCAAGCCAGCAUGGCUCACACCACAAAGGUUAACGGCUGUGCCUCAGGAAAAGCAGAUGAUGUUCUAAAUGGGGACCAUGACAAGGAACAGAGAGAUCCUUAUUUUGUGGAGACUCCCUAUGGUUAUCAACUAGAUUUAGAUUUCCUCAAGUACGUGGAUGACAUACAGAAAGGAAACACCAUCAAGAAAUUGAACAUCCAGAAGAGGCGGAAGCCAUCUGUGCCAUGUCCAGAAAGCAGGCCCCCGCCUGGCCAGCAGGGUGUGUGGACUUCCACCGAAUCUCUGUCAUCUUCCAAUAGCGAUGACAACAGGCAGUGCCCCAGCUUCCUCCUAGCCAGAAGCCAAGUUACAUCGACUCCCGUCGCAAGGCUACCCACCCCUCUGGACAUCUCACCCACUUUCCUUACCAUCCCAGAAAGUCGACAGCUGCCACCACCCUCACCACAACUUCCGAAGCACAACCUUCAUGUCACCAAGACACUGAUGGAGACCCGGAGAAGGCUGGAGCAGGAGAGGGUCACCAUGCAGGCGAUGCCGGGUGACUUCCGAAGGCCCAGGCUGGCCAGUUUUGGAGGCAUGGGCUCCACAGGCUCGCUCUCCUCCUUCAUGGGUUCUGGAAACCACAAUCCUGUCAUGCACCAGUUUCAGAAUGGUUACCAAGGCAACGGGGAUUAUACUGGCUAUGCCCCAGCUGCAGCCACCACCUCUUCCAUGGGGAGCUCUAUCCGCCACAGCCCCCUGAGCUCAGGGAUCUCCACUCCUGUGACCAACGUGAGCCCCGUGCACCUGCAGCACAUCCGGGAGCAGAUGGCCAUUGCCCUGAAGCGCCUGAAGGAGCUUGAGGAACAGGUACGAACAAUCCCUGUGCUCCAGGUAAAGAUCUCUGUGUUGCAAGAGGAGAAAAGGCAGUUGGCCUCAAAGCUGAAAAACCAAAGAGCUGCAUCCCAGAACGACAUCAGUGGUGUGAGGAAGCGAUCCUAUAGUGCUGGGAAUGCGUCGCAGCUGGAACGGCUCUCCAAGGGCCCGAGAAGUGGCGGGGAACUAUACAUUGACUAUGAAGAGGAAGAGAUAGAGAGCGUAGAGCAGAGCACACAGAGGGUAAGAGAGUUCCGGCAGCUCACAGCAGACAUGCAGGCCCUGGAGCAGAAGAUCCAGAGCAGCAGCUAUGAGGCCCCCUCGGAGCUCAGGGAGAACGGGGAGUGUCGGCCUCGAGAGCAUCGGUCCGUGGCUGCCGGUGCCGACGAGAACAUGCAUGACAUUGUUGUGUACCACAGAGGCUCCAGGUCCUGGAAGGAUGCUGCUGUGGGGACAGUCACGGAGACGAGGGAUUCUGGGGUCAGUGUGACAGAGGCCAUGCUUGGGGUGACUACCGAAGCUGACAAAGAAAUUGAGCUGCAACAGCAGACCAUAGAAGCCUUAAAGGAAAAGAUCUACCGCCUGGAAGUCCAGCUCAAAGAAACCACCCAUGACCGAGAGAUGACUAAGCUCAAGCAAGAGCUGCAGGCUGCUGGAUCGAGGAAGAAAAUCGAUAAAGCCGUGAUGGCCCAGCCGCUUGUCUUCAGCAAGAUGGUGGAGGCCAUCGUGCCGACGAGAGACCAGAUGGUUGGCCGUCACGUGGACGUCGUUGACUCGUGUGUUGGGACCUCUGUGCAAACAAGUAGCGUAGGCAUCUCCUGCCGGCCCCACUGUGAGAAUAAAGUCACGGGGCCGGAGCUGCCCAUGAAUUGGUGGAUUGUUAAAGAAAGGGUGGAAAUGCGUGACCAGUGCACUGGAAGGGCCGUGGAGACGUGCGAUAAGAGCGUGGGUGUGGAAACCAGUGUCUGUGAAACAGGCAGCAACACGGAAGAAUCUGUAAACGACUUGACGCUGCUCAAGACCAACCUGAAUCUCAAAGAAGUGCGAUCGAUCGGCUGUGGGGACUGUUCCAUCGAUGUGAUUGUCUGCCCGCCGAAGGAGUGCACCUCCCGGAGCGUGAGCACGGAGCCCGCGGGCCAGGCGGAGGCUGCUGUCAUGGCGGUGCCUCACACCACCAGCCAGCACACCAGCACGGCUUUGGAGCAGCUGAACCAGUCCACCAACACCGAGACGGCCACCCUCGUCGAGUCCUGCACCAACACUUCCCUCAGCACUUUGGACAAGCAGACCAGCACCGGGACUGUGGAAACGCGGACCGUGGCCGUAGGAGAAGGCCGUGUCAGGGACAUUAACCCCUCCACCAAGACUCGGUCCAUCGGAGUUGGCACGGUGCUCUCUGGCAGUUCCGGGCUUGACCGGCCAUCAGCUGUGAAGACCAAAGAGUCCGGCGUGGGCCAGAUAAAUAUUAAUGACAACUACCUGGUUGGUCUCAAAAUGAGGACCAUCGCAUGUGGGCCUCCCCAGUUGACUGUGGGGCUGAUGGCCAGCAGGAGGAGCGUAGGUGUCGGGGAUGAGCCUGUAGGAGAGUUCUUGGAGGGCUCGCAGCCCCAGGCUCCUUCCGGAAUGAUGACCGGCUUGGAUCACUACAUUGAGCGCGUCCAGAAGCUGCUGACGGAACAGCAGACGCUGCUGGCUGAGAACUAUAGUGAACUGGCGGAAGCUUUUGGGGAACCUCACUCGCAGAUUGGCUCUCUCAACUCGCAGCUCAUCAGCACCCUGUCAUCCAUCAAUUCUGUCAUGAAGUCUGCAAGCACCGAAGAGCUGAGGAACCCCGACUUCCCCAAAAUGAGUCUGGGUAAAGUCGCAGCAUUACACGCUUCUCCACCCUUCUCCUUCCUGACAGGAAGUAAUUUGGAAUACACCUGUAGGUGUGGAGGCCUACAGUCAGGAGGACCGUUAAAUACGCAGACAUCCCGACAUGGACGGGAGGUGGGGUUCACAGAAGGAGAGCCCAUCUGCAGCCAGGACACCUUCCCCGCUCAGGAAAGCACGCUGUCUGCAGUGAACCUGACAGAUGACCAGAUAGCUGCUGGCCUCUACGUCUGUGCAAGUCAUGAAAGGACGCUGAAGUCCAUCAUGAAGAAGAAAGAUGGCAGCAGAGAUUCAAACGGAGCGAAAAAGAAUCUCCAGUUUGUUGGCAUUAAUGGAGGGUAUGAGACAACUUCAAGUGAUGAUUCCAGCUCGGAGGAAAGCUCUUCUUCGGAGUCAGAGGAUGAGUGUGAUGUCAUUGAGUACCCUCCCGAGGAAGAGGAGGAGGACGAGGAGGACGAGGACACUCGGGGAACGGCGGCAGGGCACCAUGCAGUUAAUGUGGAAGGUUGCGAGACCGCCAGGGUGGAAGAUGAAAUGCAGGUUCAAGAAUGUGAACCUGAGAAGGUGGAAAUCAGAGAGAGGUAUGAAUUAAGUGAAAAGAUGUUGUCCGCGUGCAACUUACUGAAAAAUAACAUAAAUGACCCCAAAGCUUUGACCAGCAAGGAUAUGCGGUUCUGCCUGAACACCCUGCAGCACGAGUGGUUCCGCGUGUCCAGCCAGAAGUCGGCGGUCCCGGCCAUGGUGGGGGACUACCUGGCGGCCUUUGCGGCCGUGUCCCCCGAGGUCCUGCGCCAUGUCAUCAACAUGGCAGACGGCAACGGCAACACGGCCCUGCACUACAGCGUGUCGCACUCCAACUUCGAGAUCGUCAAGCUGCUCCUGGACGCGGACGUGUGCAACGUGGAUCACCAGAACAAGGCGGGCUACACCCCCAUCAUGCUGGCAGCCCUGGCCGCCGUGGAAGCGGAGAAGGACAUGCGGGUGGUGGAGGAACUCUUUGGCUGUGGGGAUGUGAACGCCAAAGCUAGCCAGGCAGGACAGACAGCCCUCAUGCUGGCGGUCAGCCAUGGGCGGAUAGACAUGGUGAAGGGCCUGCUGGCCUGCGGUGCUGACGUGAACAUCCAGGACGAUGAGGGUUCCACCGCCCUGAUGUGUGCCAGCGAGCACGGGCACGUGGAGAUCGUCAAGCUGCUGCUGGCCCAGCCCGGCUGCAACGGCCAUCUGGAGGACAACGAUGGCAGCACCGCGCUUUCGAUCGCUCUGGAAGCAGGACACAAGGACAUCGCCGUCCUCCUCUACGCCCACGUCAACUUCGCCAAAGCCCAGUCCCCGGGCACCCCUCGGCUUGGAAGGAAGACAUCUCCUGGUCCCACCCACCGAGGUGCUUUUGAUUGAUUUAUGUACAAAUAGCCAUCCAUUUACAUGCCACCAUUAAGCUGCUAACUGUUCCUGUUGGGGUGACAGAUACUGAAUGUAUGCAUAUUGUGCCUGAGCUCACCAGCAAACAGGACGCAAAAGGCCAAGGACCGACCGAAGGCUGGAGCUGUCACGGCGGAAGCUGAGCCAGCGAGAGAUUGCUGGCGGGCACCCACCGCCUCCCUCCCGGCCAUCUUCCCUCUGUGCAGGGCACACUUGACCCAGUUGCUGUUGCUGUUGAGUCUCUGCUCCGUUACGAACAGUCGUAGGAAACUGUCACCUGACCUGAGCGGGCAACUUCUGCGCCUUCUCUCCACCCGCCCCCACCACCCCUGCUGAGAGUGUCAGGUUCUCACUGGCACAGUGUUUCCAAUUUCUCCUCCGGUGUUUAUAUUGACUGGCGUGGAACGAUUGGAAAGCUCUUCAGAAAUUCCAUUCCAGGAUGGUUUCGUUGAUUUUUUUUUGUCUUUAUUAUUCUAAAGCAAGUUGAGGUGACUUUGGUCAUCGGCAACUUGGGCCUGGGCUGGUAGGUUUCUGGGUUAAAAUGAGAAGAUGGAACUCUCAAAAAAGUAUAACACGUACAAAAGGAAAUCUUUUCAGUUGGUUUUAUCUCGGUGGAUGUAUUAUAUGACUUUUUAUAUAAAAGGUAUCUAUAUGAAAUUGACACAGUAUUUUCAACUUUUAUAUUCCAUGGUAAUAAAAGACAUGAAGAACUACAUGUAACAGUACCAUAUUUUUAUUAAUAAUUGCACAACUCUUAUUACCUGAUGAUAAAGGUCGCAUUGUGUUAGAGGAAUUGGCUAUAUAUUCGCCUCUAGAGAAACAUGGCGUAGUUCUCCACGUAUUUAUGGAUUCCUUUAUACCAUGUCACACUUACCAUGGUCUUAUAUGUAUUUAAAUGUUUGAAGUGCCUUAGACUCUUGCCAUAUUUUCAAAAUAAAAUUUGAUUAAGCUC